CUUUCUUUCCUUGAACGCAGCAGACGCGUUUUCCGAAUUUCCCACAGCCGCAAAUCAGAGUUUUUGGGCAUAAACAACAUGGCGGAGCGGAAUCUCUUGGCCAUCCUCCUUUUGGCCAGCAUCUGCAUGGCUCAGGCAUAUCCGGCUUUAUUGCCCUACAUCUACAAUCCUUCGAAGCGAAGUGACACGGCUUUCCCCCAAAUCGAGGACGAUGUGAGUGAGCUGGACCAGCUGCGAAAUGAGCCGGGAGCGGUGGUGGCCAAGCGGCAGCACGAUGGCAGCACCGCCCGCACCACCACAACCACCAAGGAGAGCGUCGAAGAGGUGGCCGCUGCUCCUGAACCUGGCCAAAGUCCAAAUGCGAACAUCCUGCCCGAUUUGGAGCGACAGCUGGAGGUGGCCACGCCUCUGAUUUCGACCACCACAACAACCAGCACAUCGGCCACCACAACAACGGCGACCUCCAAGGAAGAGGGUGAGAGGUCACAGUUGGAGGAGCCAAAAACACAAAUCAAAACCGUGGUGGAGCCAACGGCCCACGCGAAGUGUAUAUCUACGAAACCACCCAAAAAUCAACAGGCAUUUUACGGGGCGGCUCGUCUAGCUUUUGGCCAAAAUCCGGAGGUUUUGCCAACGACCACAACGACCAGUACCACAACCACAUCGACCACAACGACAACGACGCCAGCUCCGCCAGCUGAACCGGAGCCAGAGGCCGAUGCCCAACCACCGGCCGAACCGGAAGCUAAAGAAGAAGAAGCGGAAACGGAUGAGGAACCCGCUCCCGAGGUGGCCGGAGAACCAGCUGAGGCUGAGGAUCCCGCCGGCGAAGUGGCCGAAACCGAACUGACCCAUCUAAAUCCGCAGAGACCCAAACAGAACCACCACGAAUCGAACAAGGAGACGAUCGGAGAUAUUGUCUUCGAUGUGGUGUCCCGAACCACGGAGCGAAGAUCCAGUACGCCCAAGAUCACGGCCAAGACCGCCAAGAACUUACUGCGCAGUCCAAAUGGCCAGUACUCGUCCUUCGACAUGGCUCAGUACAUUUAUUGGACCGGAGACGAAACAGCUGUGGUGAAAGCUGUUCAGGAACUGGUUGAGGGAAAGGUGAUCACCCGGGAGAGCGCACUAAAAUUCCUGCAGGAUAUUCGGUUGGGAAUAGAGUUCCUGCAGCGGUCGUAUGCCAAUCGCAUUUUCCCCGAGGAGGUUCGCCAGAAUCAAUUAAAGCGCCACAGUCCCGCCAUUACCACGCCCCCAACAACAUCCACAACCACCACAACAACAACUACAACCAGCACAACCACAGAAAAGCCAUUCCCAGAAGUGCGCGAAUCCGGUUUCGAAUCCGGGAGCGUCCAAGGAGCAGGAGUCCUGCCCGCGAAGAACUUCGAUAGUUUUACGUUCUGGAACAAGCUCAAAGUUCUGGACAGCGAAGCACAGCAAGAUUUGAAUGACUACGACGAGGGUCGAGCUAAGAUUGUGGAGUACUUGUACAAUGAAUACUCCCUGGAGGAGAUCCUCUACAAGCUGGCAAAGGUAAUGUUUGCCCAGUCGCUUUCACAUGGAUCCGAUGAGGCUCAAAUGGAGCUACAAAAGCUAACCGAAUUUUUAGAGCGCGAAGGUAACAUGGGUGUUAUACCCAUUGACUUGCAGAAGAAAGUUUUAAGAGUGCUGCUUAGCGCCUUGUCGGACACCCUAACUGAGCACCCGGAAUUGCUGCCGGCGGCGCGGGUCAAUCUGGCCAAUCCGUUCUACAGGCUUCCAAUGCAUACCCCCAGCCAAUAGAAUCAAGUUGGCGGCUAUUGGCUAUCAGAUUAAUACAAGUCCCUAUAUAAAUAUAUGUUAACACGCAUAAUCCGCAUCAGCUAAAUGGCAUAUAUACCCACUGAUCGGCGCUACUCUGGGGAGGCGCUCUCUCGGAACUUUAAUUGAAACACGGCCCUAAGUUCACCCGAUCGAUUGGCAACUUCCACUUUGGUUAACGGAUUAGCCUACGUGUAAUAUAGCAAAAUAUUUACGCUCGUGAUAUUUUUUUGGUCAGGCAGAGGCGGCAGUGAACUAACCAUUUACACUACUUACGGUACGAUAAGAAAAUCAAAAGAAAAUUAAAUCGAUUAAAUGAAAAUGAAAAUAAGAUACAAACCGAAGAAAGUAACCGAACCAAAAAGCAAAACUAAAAGCAAAACUGAUGAGAGAGACUUGCGCCCCUUUGAGCUUUUAAAAUUAAAAUAGACUAUCUAUAUGUAUAUGUCCACGAAUAUGCAUACGAAUUGGCACACUUGCUUAUAUUUGAUAUGAGUUCGUUAGUUAGAUACAAUGAGAGGUUGAGGUCGAGGUCGCUGGCAAAAUCGAUGGGCCGCCACGGCUGACCGAUUGAAGCAGGAAAGGGCUCUGAGUCCGCCAAUAUCAGUAGCGAAUAUGGUUAUAACCGCUCCACAGACGAGCGACAGUCGUAAAAACAUAGUUAUUACUCUAUAUGUUCUCCCCCGAAUAAUUGAGCAUUGCAUGCAUUAUUGAUGGAUUGGUUAAACGAUUGAUUGUGUUGCGAGUUACAUAUACGAUAUGCAGUAAGAACUAGAACCUGUAUCAACAAAUUAUCGAUUAUACACUCAAUAUACAUAAAUAUAUAUAUAUAUAUAAAAUA